CAGGGCUUCGCCUAAGCCCACAACUGAAUUGAAUCUUUUCGCGCAAAGUGGAAUUUCUGACCUCGCAUCAAUUCAACAACAACGAGGAACCUGCCAAUUUCCUACAACCACCACAUACCCUUCCGACAACUUCACAAUGUCGCAGCCGACGACCCAGAAGACGUUCGGAAAGUCGACCCGGGAGGUCCCUCACCAUUCCCAAAAGGCCCAGAAAUGGUAUCCCGCUGAGGAUGAGCCCAAGCCCAAGACUGUCCGCAAGGCUCUCCGUCCCUGGGCCCCGCGAAAGUCUCUACAGCCCGGUACCGUUCUCAUCCUCCUCGCUGGCCGCUUCCGAGGCAAGCGAGUUGUCCUCCUAAAAAACCUCGACCAGGGUGUCCUUCUCGUCACUGGUCCUUUCAAGAUCAACGGUGUCCCUCUACGACGAGUCAACUCGCGAUACGUCAUUGCCACUUCCUACCAGGUAGAUCUUGCUGGCAUAGAUGAGAGCAAGGUCAACGAGGUCGCACAAGCUCAGUACUUCAUCCGAGACAAGGCCAAGGACAAGGCCAACGAGGAGGCAUUCUUCAAGCAGGGCGAGAAGCCACAGAAGAAGGAGAUCAGCACCAACCGAGCAGCGGACCAGAAGACCAUCGACAAGGCUCUGAUUGCCAACAUCAAGAAGGUAGAACUUCUUCCCAGCUACCUGGCCAGCUCCUUCAGCCUCCGAAAGGGCGACAAGCCCCACGAGAUGCAGUGGUAAAUGUACUUGGGGGUCUCAAUGGGGGAAGGUUGCUUUAGAGAAAAACACUCAAUGACUUUGCGGACGGCGGAUCGCGGAACUGGGCUGGAUUUGCCAAUUGCAUCUGGACGUUGAGGCAUCGGUCACAUGAAUUCUGGCGUCUGUAAUCGAGGUUCUAGUCAAUAAACGACUAUAAAGGCAAAAAUUACCUAAA